AUGAGUGUACAGUCUGGGACAGGACAUGUCGCCAGUGAUCUGUUGAACGACAAAUUCGUCGCGUCUAUGUCGCAAAAAAUGGACAUGGGUCCACCACCUGUUGUUGAAGAUCAACCAGGCGCGUCGGAUCCUGAGCUCACCUCGGACUCAGAUCAAAGUUAUGAUGAAUGUGUAUACUACCAUAAAGGAAGUGAUCUCUACGCGGAAGAUGUCGACGGUCAGAUGGUGGUACUGCCAGAAGGGCCCGUGACGACGGAAGAUGUAAAGAUCGAGGAUAUUCAGCUAUAUCUGACAAUUAAACUCCAGAAGAAAUUGAUCGACUGCGCCAAAGAAUCUGGAGGUUCCGACAUCUCUUGA